UAAGGAAGUGAGAACCUUAACGACGAGAAGAGAGAAGCGCCCUGUAAACACUGAGCGCUGCUGAAGCUCAGGAUUAGCCGACCUGAAACACAUCACAGUUUAGACCAGUACGAUAUCGCUGGUUAAUGAACUGACUCUGUUUAUGUGCCUGCUGUUGACUGCUGUCUUCAGAUCUACCUUUUUUUGUACUGAAAAGCACAUCUUAUGGCAGAGCUGCAUAUAAUCGGACAGAUCGUUGGGGCCAGUGGUUUCCCUCAAAGCAGCCUGUUCUGCAAGUGGGGAGUUCACACAGGAGGAGCAUGGCGGCUCCUCUCUGGACUCAAGGAGGGACAGACACAAGUGGACAUGCCCCAGAUAGGAGACAUGGCCUACUGGAGUCAUCCUAUUGACUUGCAUUACACCACUAAGGGUCUUCAAGGUUGGCCAAAGCUUCACCUGCAGGUUUGGCAUCAGGACUCCUUUGGCAGAUGUCAGCUGUAUGGUUAUGGUUACUGCCAUAUACCCUCUAGCCCUGGACAGCAUCGUUUGCAGUGUGCAACUUGGAGGCCACUGGGAACCUGGCAGGAACAGCUAGCUCAGAUUUUUGUGGGCGGAGGCCCUCAGCUUCGCUCUCCUGACCUCAUUUACAGUGGAGCAGACAGAUACAGACUUCACACCGUUGCCAUGGGCACCGUAGAACUGGAGCUCUGCGUCAUUCUGCGGCAUUUUGACAGAUACGGUGUGGAGAGCUGAGAGUGACACCUCCAAUAUGCAGAUAGAAAAUAGAGUGAUGGAAAAAUACAGUGACAUUUGAUACAGAAAAUGUUUGAAUUAUAGUGGAGUUACUAAUGCAGUGCGUGUGUGACUUUUGUUUUUUAAGAGUGAACAUAAAUGUAUCGUUUGAGCUCUGGUUUGUAAGAUAGCCAGACCACAGUUCUGGAGAAAAGAGAAACGUCUUGCUUUAAUUUGUAUUAAGGAAUGCAGUGAUAAGUUCUGGGUUUUUACCUCUCCAUGACUGUUAAAGUUCAGUGCUUUUAUUACUUUUUUAUUUUUCUACUACCUAUUUUAUAUGUGGUUUUUAUGAUGGAGUAUGUCUUAUGUUUUAACAUGAGUAAAUCUGAAUUCUUAUAUUCUACUUUCUUGUGAAAAAUUGUUAUUUUCUUUUCCAGGACUUGCAUACAUUACAACAGAGUGUUUUAGACAGUGUUUAGUGACCUACUGUGUUCAGUUUAAUUAAAUAGGAUUGGUUUCCUUUUUGCUUUGCAUGUGUAAACCCUACUAUGUUCUGAUGAUGAUGAGAGGAAAGUCACCCUUUUGAUCUGUUGCAGAUGUUUCAGUAUGCUCAUUUCCUGCGUGGAAAAUGUCUCGCUGUUAUAGUAGAGUGAAAGAAAGUGGAGAAACAGUUGUGGUUUGCUGAGUUAUCCUGCAAGGAACGUUACGCUCUCACAAAUCAUUUUUGUCUGAGGCAAGCAGAGACAAGUGAGAGAGAAAAAAGGAACAAUGUCUGAUUGACGUUAAGCGGUAUGACAUGUGAAGCAAAAGAAGUAGACUGACGCACAACCUCCUUAAAAUAGUCUACACAGAAACCUUCACGGCUUUUGCUGCAUCAGCGUUGUCACCUUUUUUCAAG